AUGGAUAAAUCAUGGAUCAAAGCAGAUAGGGAUUCGUUAGAAUAUGAAAUUGGGGUGGAGGAGUUUUUGGUAUAUGCGGAGGGGACUGCGAAAACCCCCAAGUUAAUUCCCUGUCCAUGUGCCCAUUGCGUUAAUUUUAAAAAACUGUCGGUAAACGUAAUUAGGGGACAUCUGUAUGAAAAUGGUUUUAGUUUAGGCUAUGUUGAUUGGAUUUGGCAUGGUGAGAACUCUUCUAGGAGUUACAAGUCCUCUAUUGCUAGUACUUGUCCAGCCACGAACCCAUGCCCUGCAUCAAAGGCUGCUGAGAUAUGUGAAGCAGCAUAUAAUAAGGGUGAUUACGAUAGAGAAUCACAUGAUUUCAGACGGUUCGUGGCUGAUGCUGAACAACCUUUGUUUGAGGGAAGUGAGUCAACUAAGUUAGAGUCAAUGUUGAAAAUGCAUAACUGGAAGGCUAGGUUCAGCGUUAGUGAUAGUGUUUUUACAGAGCUAUUAAGUACAAUUGGCUCUUUCCUUCCUAAAGAUCAUGUUCUGCAUAGUAGUACAUAUGAAGCGAAAAAGACUCUCUCCGACUUGGGACUCGAGUAUAUUAAAUUUCAUGCAUGUCCAAAUGACUGCAUAUUAUAUAGAGGUAUAUAUGAAGAAGCCUCUGAGUGUCCCAAGUGCCAUUUAUCUCGUUGGAAACUAAAAAAGGAUGGUAAAGUCAGAAUUAAUGUGCCUGCUAAAGUUAUGUGGUACUUCCCCAUCAUUCCUAUAUUUAAGAGAAUGUUUAAAUCUGAGUCUACUUCAGAGCUUCUGACUUGGCAUGCAAAAAGGCGAUCUGAAGAUGGCCUCAUGCGUCAUCCAGCAGAUUCUCCUUCUUGGAGAAAUGUAGAUUAUAGGUGGCCUGAGUUUGGUAGCGGGGCAAGAAAUUUACGCUUGGCAUUAGCUGCGGAUGGUAUAAACCCUCAUAAUAAUGGUCUAAACAAUAGGUAUAGUUGUUGGCCGGUUGUUCUAACAACAUAUAACCUUCCUCCGUGGUUAUGCAUGAAGCGAAAGUUUUUGAUGUUGACAAUAUUAGUAUCAGGCCCACACGAACCAGGUAAUAAUCUCGACGUCUAUUUACAACCACUAAUUGAUGAUUUGAAGAAGUUGUGGGAAGAAGGGGAACCAAAUGUAUAUGACGCAUAUACUAAAUCUAAUUUUACUUUAAAAGCAGUGCUGAUGUGGACAGUGAAUGAUUUCCCCGCAUAUGGAAAUUUGUCCGACUGCAUCAAUAAGGGUUAUAUUGGUUGUCCAAUCUGUGGUGACCAAACUGCAGCUAAAUAUCUAAGUAACAGUUGA